AUGAUUGUUGAAUUACAAAAGAGAGCACUACCUCCAGACGUUUAUUUUUCGGAAACGCAUUCGGAUAACUCAGAUAAGGUAUUGAAUAUUGAAACCGCCAACAUAAGUAAGUUAGAACUUGUCAGACUACCUACUUCUAGUGUAACAUUAGCAAUACGGGGAACUAUUUCAACCAUGUCAAAUAUUUUAAGAGGUCUUGAUAUAUCUACACUUACCCAUCAAUCGUUGAAAGACAUGGGCAAUCAACUGUUCAACUCAUGUCAAUAUAACGAAGCAGUUCAAUGCUAUACACAUGCAAUCACCCAACAACCAAAUAUUUCUUCGUAUUAUUCAAACAGAGCGUUGUGUUAUAUUCAAAUGCAAGAUUAUUCAAAAGUUUUAUCUGAUUGCAGGGGAACUAUUUCAACCAUGUCAAAUAUUUUAAGAGGUCUUGAUAUAUCUACACUUACCCAUCAAUCGUUGAAAGACAUGGGCAAUCAACUGUUCAACUCAUGUCAAUAUAACGAAGCAGUUCAAUGCUAUACACAUGCAAUCACCCAACAACCAAAUAUUUCUUCGUAUUAUUCAAACAGAGCGUUGUGUUAUAUUCAAAUGCAAGAUUAUUCAAAAGUUUUAUCUGAUUGCAGACAGCCUUUAAAACCAGUGUCAGACAUUUGUAUCAUGAAUAUUUCCUACAAAAAAACAACGGAAACUGGCAACUGUGGUAAGAUGAAAGUACCUGAUGUGAAUGAAUGA